AUGAUACGCGGCUUUCGACCACGAGUGGCCAUUCUGGCCGCGGUCGCCAUCCUCUUCUCCCUCAUCCUCAUUCUACUCGUGCUGCAGGAUCGCGAAACCGGCUACCUCUACGCCCUCGUUCCUCCCGACCUUGGAAGCCAGCGCCACUAUGGCAACGACUGGGCUGGCGCCGACGCCAACACCGAUACCGACGCGGACGACGUCAACUCGACCCAUCCCAUCGACGAGCUCAUCGAAGAGGCCCAGCUGCGUCACCGCCAGCUUCUCGGCAAGCAAUCCCUGACCCUGCGCCAGGCCGCCUCGCGCUACCGCGAACGCCGCGGCCGGCACCCGCCGCCGGGCUUCGAUGUCUGGUUCGCCGCCGCCACCGCCGCCAAGGCCGUCAUCGUCGAGGAGUUCUUCGACCGCAUACACCACGACAUCAACCCCUUCUGGGGCGUCGACCCCGCCGAGAUGCGUCGCCACGCCGCGCGGCAGCCGUUCAUGAUCCGCGUCCGCGGCGGCAAGACCGACACGGACACGGAGGGCGAGGAGCCGCCGUACCGCGUGCGGCAGUGGGCCAAGCUCGUCGCCGAGAUGGAGCCGCACAUUCCCGACCUCGACAUGUUCGUCAACGUCAUGGACGAGUCGCGCGUGCUCGUGCCGUGGGACACGAUGCGCGGCUACAUGGCCAAGGAGCAGCAGGGGCGGCGCCUCGUGCCCGUCGACGAGGCCGUGUCCGAGUACAGCGGCGUCGGCGACGCCGCCAGUGUCCAGGAUCGGCACGACCCCCACUGGAUCAGCGACGAGGUGACGAAGUACUGGGAUCACCUGCGCGUCGCGUGCCCGCCCGACAGCCCCGGCCGCAACGUCACGGCGCUGCCCUCGUUCGACGUGCCCGUCGCGUACCCGGCGGCGGCGCCCGAGGCCUACACGUACAAGGGCUACGUGCGCAACGCGACGGCGGCGCAGGACCCCUGCCUGCAGCCGCACCUGCGCGGCCUGCACGGCACCUUUAUCGAGAGCAUCUCCAUGUCGACGACGCACGAGCUGCUGCCCGUCUUCGCCGAGUCCAAGCUGCCGCAGAACAACGCCAUGCUGGUGCCGGGCGCCGUCUACCUCGACGACGAGCGCGUCAUGUACAGCGGCGGCGCCGCGCGCGGCGGGCCCUGGCACCGCAAGCGCAACGCCCUCAUCUGGCGCGGCGUCUCCUCGGGUGCCCGCAACAAGCGCCACAACUGGUGGCACAUUCACCGCUUCCGCUUCGUCCAGAUGCUCAACGGCACGACCGUCGCCGCCGCCGAGGCCGGCGACGCCGCCCGCGCCAACACGUUCACCCUGCCGCCGCCAGGCGAGAAGAAGAAGAACGUCUACAACGUCGCCGCCCAGCGCGCCGGCCGCCUCGGCGCCUGGCUGCGCUCCUUCGCGGACGUCGCCUUCACCGACAUCCUCUGCGACCCGCCCGACAUGUACACGCACUGGUGGAAGGGCACGCUGCGCAAGAAGAUCUGCACCAUGGUCGAGCCCUACUACGGCGUCGCCGACGAGCUGCCCAUGAAGAAGAUGUACAACCACAAGUAUUUGCCCGACAUUGACGGCAACUCGUUCAGCGGCCGCUACCGCGCCUUUCUGCUGUCGUCGAGCAUGCCCCUCAAAUCGACCAUCUACGCCGAGUGGCACGACGACCGCCUCGUGCCCUGGGUCCACUUUGUGCCCUUUGACAACACGUACGUGGACCUCUACGGCAUCAUGGACUACUUUCUGCGCGGCCGCGACGCCGCCGCCGAGCGCAUCGCCACCGACGGCAAGCGCUGGGCCGAGACGGUCUUGCGCCGCGAAGACAUGCGCCUCUACGUGUGGCGGCUGCUGCUGGAGUAUGCGCGAGUCAUGGAUGACAAUCGCGAUCGCCUAGCGUUUGUGCAGGACUUGAUUGAUUAG